UUCUCAUCCUUCUUGAGUGGAAUUUUCCACGAUCAGGGGCCCCAGGCAUGUGGAAUGUGGAUCAAAAGCAGAUGUAGAAUCCCGGCAAUGACUAUAUUUUAUUUUCAACUGAAAAUGCCAAGCAAUUUCCGUUGCAAAAGCAUCCCACCCAGUUUGUCAAAGAAGCGCUGCACCAAAAAAUCCUCAUAACUCUUGUCACUUCCGUUUGAGUCAAAGCAGUUCCUUGCUGCUUCUAGCUACAGCUAAAACCUUCCACUGCAAAAGAGUAUUCUUAUCUGAAGACUGUACCCAAGGAACAAGAAGAAUGGCUGAUGUACUUAUAGCUUCCACAAUAGAGGUAGCAUUGAAGAAGACACUUUCCCUUGCCAAUGAAAGGAUUGGCAAGUUAUUCCAAUUCAAGGAGGAUUUGGACACCCUCAAAGGAUCUGUUGCUAUGAUCCAAGCUGUCUUGGCUGAUGCAGAGGAAAAGCAAACGCAUGACCAGGCCGUGCGACUGUGGCUCCAGAGGCUAGAAGCCGUGGCGUUUGAUGCCGAGAAUUUGUUGGACGAGCUGAAUUAUGAAGCUCUUCGUCGCCAACUUGUGGGCAAGGUGCGCUCCUUCAUCCUCUCCUCUGACAUUAAUAUUGUUUUCCGACGGAGAAUGGCCUCUAAGAUCAGGGACAUCAACAAGAAGUUGUAUAAGAUCAAUAAAGAAGCCAAUGAUUUUGGACUGAUCAGAUUCCAAAGGGCAAGUUUCCCCCUUUCUACUAGUGCUAAAGUCACACUAAAUAGAGAGACGGAUUCUAUUGCUGGUCAUUAUGUUGUAGGAAGAGCUAAGGAUGAAACAAGGCUGGUGGAGAUCUUGCUAAGCUUGUCAGAAAAUGCCGUUUCUGUAAUUCCCAUCCUUGGGAUGGGCGGAUUGGGAAAGACAACUUUAGCUCAAUCUGUAUACAACAAUAGCCAAGUUGAUAGCCAUUUUGAGAAAAAAAUUUGGGUUUGUGUCUCCGACAAUUUUGAAGUGACGAGGCUUUUGAAAAUGAUUUUAGAAUCACUCACGAGAAGAAAUAUUGACAUGACCAGUAGGGAUGUCAUUGUCCAGGAAAUUAGACAACAACUUGUGGGAAAAAAAUAUCUUCUUGUUCUUGAUGACGUCUGGACCGAAAGCCAAAUCUUGGGGGAUGAUUUUUUACGUUUGUUACGGGGCCUGAAUGCAACUAAUGGAAAUUGGUGUGUUGUGACAACUCGUAAACAACAAACUGCAUCCAUUUUGGCUACACAUGAUCCUUAUGUGUUAGGAAAGCUAUCUGAUGAUGAUUGUUGGUCUAUCCUAAUAGAGAAAGCCAAUGCAGGUGGAGAAAUUCCCGAACAACUGCAAGUCAUGAAAAAGGAAAUUAUAAAAAAAUGUGGUGGCCUACCGCUAGCUGCAAGUGUAAUGGGAGGUUUAUUGCGAAGGAAGGAGUGGAAAUUGAUUUUGAUGAAUAAGCUUUCAAAUUUGAGCAGAGAUGAAGACAGUGUCAUGCAAAUACUUCAGUUGAGUUUUGAUAAUCUACCAUCACCAGCCAUUAAGAAAUGUUUUGCAUAUUGUUCUAUUUUUCCCAAGGAUACUGAGAUGGAAGGGGAUAUGCUGAUCGAACUUUGGAUGGCAGAAGGCUUCCUUCAAGUAGAUCUCAAGAACAAAAAAAUGGAGGAAAUUGGAGAAUAUUACUUGGAAAUUUUAUUGCAGAGUUCUUUGCUGGAAGAAAUAAGAAAAUAUCGGAGAAGGUGUUAUAAAAUGCAUGAUAUGGUGCACGACGUCUCAAAAUCAAUAAUGGCAAAGUCUACUAAAGUCAUUAAUUCGGAGACUGGUUCAGAAGACAAUAGUAAUCAGGUUCGUUGUCUUGUAAUAGACUCAUUUGGAGAAGGCACAAAAAAUCUUUUCAAGAGUCAAUCAAAUUUGCUUCAUACAUUGUUUCUAAGUCAAGGUAGCUUAUCUGAUGAUAUGCUAAUGAAGUUGAAGAAUCUGCACGUUCUGAAUUUGUCCAGUGUAGAAAAUCAGAAUCUGCCAAUCUCAAUUGGCAAACUGAUACACUUGAGGUACAUUAACUUUGAGCGUUCUAGAAGUCAAACUUUGCCGGAAUCUGUUUGCAAACUUUAUAAUUUGGAGACACUGAGCCUAAAUAGCAUAUAUGUCAAAGAUCUUCCGAAAAAGAUGUGCGAUUUGAUUAGCUUGAGACAUCUCUAUUAUUACAUACAUGAUGAUAAAGAAUUUCAAAUGCCGCUGCAGAUGGGACGGCUGACUUGCCUCCAGACACUUGAGUUUUUUAACGUGGGUCGAGAGAAGGGUCGACAAAUUGGAGAGCUUGGAAGCUUGAAAAACCUCAAAGGCAAAUUGGAGAUACGCAAUCUGGAACUGGUAAAGGGUAAAGAAGGAGCUGAGGAAGCAAAACUAUCUGAAAAGGCAAAUCUAUUUAGGCUGGAACUUCAGUGGGCCUACAAUCGAGAAGGUGACAACUACAACGACGAAGAUGUGUUAGAUGGCCUUCGACCCCACCCAAAUUUGGAGGAGUUGGUCAUUGGGAAUUUUAUGAGUGAUCAAUUUCCUCGAUGGUUAAUGAAUUUGCCAACAACAACAACACUCCCCGAGUCAGCAACAACACUCUCCAAGUUAGCGUGUUUGGAGUUUAAUCACUGCCACAGAUGCAGAGAACUCCUUCCCCUGCAAAACUUUACGUCUCUUAAAGAGCUGGAGAUUUGGGAUUGCGAUGGGUUGACGAAUCUGCCAGGUGACAUGCUACACUCUUGUAUCUCUCUCCAGAAGCUUUGGGUGACUUUUUGUAGCAAUCUUAUCUCCUUUCCGCUUGAUUUGCAACAAACGCCUUCUCUCUCGGAGCUGGUAGUAUUCUGGUGUCCCAAACUGAAAACGAGCAUGACGCCCAAAGGAUUUGGUUUCCUAACCAGCUUAAGGUUGCUUGUGAUUGGUCACUUCUCAGAUGAUGGUGAUGAUCAUGAAAAUUCUUCAAUUUACAAUGAGUUUGAUUGGUCUGGAUUGAUAUCCUCCUCCUCCUCUUCGUCAUCCGCACUCCGUGAAUUAUACUUAUAUGGGUUGCCACACAUGGAGUCCCUGCCACCUCAGAUCCAAUACUUGACCACUCUCACGUCAUUAACUCUGCGUGACUUUGAAGGUAUAAAAGCUCUGCCAGAUUGGUUCGGAAACUGCGCUGCUCUUGAAAACUUGCGUUUACUGAAUUUCAAAGAGCUUCGACAUCUACCCUCUGAGGAUGCCAUGAGAAGUCUCACCAAACUAAAACGUCUGCUGAUUGAUGGUUCGCCUCUGUUAAAAGAAAGAUGCACAUUCAAGACCUAGGCAUAUGGUGAUUAACUUCAAAUCAAAUUCAAUCAUGAUUGAUAGAAGAAUAGCUUCACGAAUAGAGGAUUGAUAGAAGAAUAGCUUCACGAACAGAGGUUAGAAUUUUGAAGCUUCUUCAGCACCAACUAUAUGGCUAGACCUCAAUAACUUUUGGCCUGCAUUUCCUACAAAUAGCCUAUCAACGUUUUGAACAACUAGCAGUCUUGUUUUGUUUAUUUUACGUGAUCUGCUUCUGUGGAUUUUAAGUUAUUAAUGCUAAAGUCAUCUCACUCUAUUUAAAAUUGUGAUUUUAAAGGGACUGAACUUUUACCUCUUGAUAAUGAAUUUGCAUACUUAUCUGAACUAUUUGACUAGUAAUUGCUCCAUCAGAGUCAUAUAUGAUGGUUUUCUGGCUCACUUCUCCUUGAUUUUGGCUUUUUAGCCAUGAAGACAAUAGUCAAUUGAGGAGUUUUCGCAGCUGUUGGUCAUCACUUUCAUGUUUUGGUUUAAAAAUUCUGGUAAUUUUAGAUAUGCUUCUCUUCUUUCACUGCUCAAUUUUGACUUCUAACCACUUUAAUAUCUAAUCUAUUACGUAUGAAACAAAGGAAAUCUUGUCUUCAUGAAGAUAUUAUUGAGGUAGCCAAGGAAGGUGUGUACCGUUUGAGCAAUGAAGUUGCACAAAACUUGGUGGAGUAUCUUCCAACAUUCAACUCUAAGCGCAAUGUUUUGAAGCAUUCUAGUAGUUAGUCAAGUCUGCUUGUUGUGACUCGCUGAUCUUAAUGAAUCCAUCUUGAUAGAGGCUUUUAAGCUCUCUCUGCUUUUAUGAUUGUUGGUUGCUUCUUUUUUUAUGGGACAAAACUUAACUGGGAACCUCAUCGAUGGCUCUCAUUUACUGUCUUUACUUUUGCAAAGUCCUACAAUUCCUUUCUGGGUGGCAUUCUUUUUUUCUGCCUCAGAUGGCCAAAGUCUGAGAUAUCCAUUGGGGUAUGGUUCUUUUAAACUGUCCAAAGGAUCCAAUGAUGUGUAGUCAUGAUAAUGAGGUGCUGAUUUGCAUGUUGUAGAACUCAAUUUGCAUCUCCGGCAUACUGCUCAUAGUUAGAAGUUAGAACUAAAUGGUGUUUUGGUAGCAGUUAAACGUGGAUCUCUGUUGUGCCUUAAUAGCCUACAGCUCUAUUGUUCCUCAAUGCCUCAAUGUAAUGUCUCUCAAGAUCAAGAGUCAUCAUUACCGUGAAUUUCUGCUGAUGAUCAUGGGCGGUUUGGUUGGUGAUAGAGAUUGUUUUAGAGAAACCGACUGACAAUGAGAAGCUUACAAAUUUUCAAGUGUUCAAGAGCAGAUUACUUGAUGUGGACAGUUAAGCCAUGUCAAAGCUGAAAACUUUACAUCUACGUAGUAAAGAUUUGAGGAGUUUUCAGAGCUGUUGGUCAUCAAAUUGGUGUCUGGUUCUAAGAGUCUGCCACGGAAGAUGUACUGUUCAUGCAGUAAAGCUGCACAGAAUUGUUAAGAGUAUCUUCUAACACAAUCAAGUCUAAGCUGCAAGUUUUGAAGCAUAUCGCUGUGGUUAGUCGAGACUGCUGCUACUUGCUGCAAUUAUUUCAUCCGCUGUGAUGAAGGCUAUUAAGCUCAUUCUGCCACCUAUACUUGUUGGUUGCUCCUCUCUUCAUGAUCCUGUUUCAGUCAAGAUCAAAUGAAAACAUCCAGGAUGGAAAUCCCUUUUGCUCCCUGCCUCGGAUGGCCAAAGCCUAAGAUCUUCCUUGUCUGUCUGGUGUUGUUAAACUGUCCAACCGAUUCAGCAAUUUGUAGAUAUGUUAAAUGAGGUGCUAUUUUACUUCUUUUGGAACUCAAUUUGCCAUAUCUUCCGUACUGCUUGUAGUUCAAAGUAGCUAGUAUUUUGUAGCAGAAGGAUGUGGAUUAGCUGAACCCUGAUAGGUGCUUGCAUCCUUCUUGAAGUUGUAUCUUAGCUCUGUAACAGGCAACAUAUUUUUUCUCAAGUGUUCUGCGGUUGUGCCAAUGAUACAUUUCCAUUGCUCGUUGUAUCUGUAAAGCUCAAGACAGGACUAGAGCACAAGAAUCAGUGAGCAUGAGCCCUUCUACUUUAUGUUAAUCAGAGAGCAAUUUAG